AUGUCCAUUAAAUCAACGCGAGGUCCUAACAGUGGUAACUCAAAUGAGGGAACGAAAUUGAUUUCUCCGUCAUUAAAACUUGAGGACCCUGGUUUGGAUUCUCUACAAUUUCAAGAAGAAAAGAAAGCUUCAGCUAAUGCCACAAGAAGUAAUUUAUCCCAAAGGUUCUUACACCCCCUAUCAUUUGACUCCGCAAAAGAAGUCAACUAUAAGAUUAAUGUGCCAAAUUUCACUAAUUUACCUCCUUUGGAAUUGGGGUUUAAGUAUAUCACUAACUUGACUAGAAUUGACGCUCUCACUCCAUCAGAUUUAUAUUCAGAUGAGAACAUUAAUAAAUCGGGAACGGGCUUGGAUAACUACUAUUUUUAUUACGAAAAGGGUUUAGGAGAGUUCUCCAGGUUUGAAAAAAUUGAACAGUUAAAUUUACCUGAUAAAUUUUUUGAUGAGCAUAAUACAACUGAAUCUGUGACAAAAAUCGGAUUGUUUCCAGAAAUCGAUAGAGCUUGGAUAGCAGUGGACAACAAAUUGGUUCUUUGGAAUUACAAAGUUCCUCAGUCAUCCUUCAACAGUAGCACUCAAUUUUUAACUAUCGAUCAAAUUAGGCACUCAAUAUUGGCUGUCAAGUUAGUUGAGCCAAAAGCAGGUGUAUUCGUAAAAGAAGUCAAUUAUCUUUUACUUGUUUCGACCCCUUUGGAUGUGUACAUUUUCAUCGUAAAAUACAAUAAAAAUUUGAAUAACUUGGAAAUAUUUAAUCCUGAAUUAUCAGUUUCCACCCAAGGUCUAACAAUAAAUAACUUUGCUAUAAAUCAAAAGACAAAGGACAUUUAUUUUAGUGGAGAAGGUGGUGGAACUGAUAUAUGGAGAUUAGACUAUUCAAAUAAAUCUACGUUCAGCAAAAACAGAUGCGAGAAAACCUGCUUAACAAAAGGAGGUCUUCAAAGCGUUUUACCACUCAAUAAGCUCCCGGGGCUCGACUUAUUCAAUUUUUCAGACAAUGGUGGAGAUAAGAACUCUAUUGCAAGUAAUAUCCCCGAGACUGUACACCAACUAGCUGUUGAUCCUGAGCGGGAUGUAUUGUAUGCUUUAUCUAAUAAAUCAGUUAUAAGAGCUUAUCUGCUACAAAAGAAUCAGGAACAGUUCACUCAGCAUAGUCAGAUUACACCUGCAGAAAUAUUCAGAAGCGUUUCAGCCAUGUUUGUCGAUUCACAGAAUUUUAAGGCUUUUCUGAAAUUUAGAAUAAUGAACAUUCAAGUCAUUUCACCUUCAGAAUCUGCGAAUAUUCAAUUAAUAGCUAUAACGAAUUACGGAUAUCGUAUCUUACUUAAGCUUGGUACUCCAUCUUCGUUUUCUUUCAUGACAAGCUCGCUGCAUGCAUCGAAAGUUAAGCUUUCAGUUGCCACGAUUAAGUUUCCACCGUCUAGAGACCUUCCAAAAGUCAAUCCAGAGUUAGAUUCUUUUACCAAAACAAAGCAAUACAUGGCUCAGUUGGUAGCUAAUCAACAGAAGUCACAGCUAUUGAAGAAUACCAAGUUUAGUAAAAUUAUUAGUCCAGGUAUAUUUUUAUGCGUCAAAAGAACGAAGAAAUCGGAUAAGCUUUUCGUCUGCACAACCAAUUACGGGUUUCUUAAGAAGAAUAACAAAUUAGUUGAGGAUGCUGAAUUCAUUAAGAUUGGGCCUUCAGACGACACAUGCCCUACAUAUAUUCACGAUAUUGUUCAAUUAUCACCGUCAAUGAACGCAACAAAUACCCCAAAUGGUUAUGCUAACAUUAUGGCGAGUCAGUAUACCAAAGCACCGUUAAAAUUUGCGGUGCUAACAAACUUUGGUAUGCUUAUAUAUCAAUUUAGGACGUCAGAUCAGAUAUUAAAACCAUUGCAUGAGGAAUCAAUCGAAAAUUUUAUUGAAGAAAAUGGUUAUGAGGAAACCUGCUCAACUUUGCUAUAUCUAUCCUGCUCAUAUGGUCAUCGCAGCUCCAAUGAUUUAAUGAAAAGAAGGGCCCAAAUGUUGUUCUCUACGUGCGGUAGCAACCCGAGAUUUUUAGAAAACGCACAGCAAAAUACCGCGUCGGCUCCUGCUGCUUUACCUCACCACCAACAAUUAGUGAGCAUUGGGAAGCCAAUUGAACCUCAAUUAGCUGAUGAUCAAGUCGUUUUGAGUGACAGAUUUUAUGGUACCUGUUUAUUGAUAUCACGUUUGUUCAGAGACUACUGGAAUAGAAAAGUAUUUGUUCCGUUGCCACAUAUAAAGAUAACUCCAACUGGUCAACUUGAGAGGUCCUCCGUGAAAGAUGACAAUUUGCUAAUAAAAGGUAUAAAUAUCAAUAAAAAACAGGUUGAAUUUUUCAUUGGUUCAGUUAUUGUUUUACUUGACUUUUUUGUUGAAAAUGGGAACAAUAUACUCGGACUAAAUGCGCCAAACUAUAGUACUGACCCGAGUAAAUUUGAAAAUGAGGUCAGCUUGAGAGCCGAGCAUAUUGCAUUUACUUCAAUUUUGAAGUCUCUCAAUUCUAUAAAGGAAGGGCUCUCUUUCCUCAUGGUUUUGAUAGAAGAGACUGAAAUCAAUCAAACGAAUUUCAACGAUAUCAUCAGCUUUUUGUCGCUAACCAACCAAUUAAACUUAUUAACCCUAAGUUUUAAAGAUCUCUUGUUACCAACAAGAGAUGUCAAGGAUUUAGUUAAAGAUUUGUUAUCCUCGAUAAUUAACAAGAACAUUUUAAAAGGAGGUUCCAUUGACUUAAUAGCUGCUUCUCUUCAAGGUCGUUGUGGCUCAUUCUGCUCGACAGAUGACGUUUUCAUAUUUAAAGCCAUUGAAAAUUUGACUAAAGCGAAGAGUAUCGGUUUAAGGGAUAACGAACUAAAAAUUAAGUGUCUUAAUAAUGCUGUUCAUUUAUUUGAAGAGGCUUAUGAAUCAUUGACGUUAGAAAAUAUUGAAAACUCAGUGAAUAUAAUGUUGGAUCUUGAAUUUUAUACGGGAGCUGUUCAGUUAUUGUUAAAACUUUCGUCAAAGCUUGGAGCAAUCUCAAAUCCUAACAAUGCCUCGAGCGGAAACCAAUUUGACACAUAUGUGACUGCGCUUGCGAUAUCGAAUGGAUCUAACAAUGCAAAGAACGUUGAAAAUAACAAAAAGAAAAUUGAACUCUAUGAGUUGAUUUUUAAAACCUUGACCAAGGUUGAUAUCAAGGCCAUCCAAAUUACAGAAUCAAAUGAUCAAUUGAUGAUCAAUGAGUUUAUAGAAAUAAGAGACUCGACCUACGAUACUUGCUUUGCUUCCAAGGACAAGUCUUUUCAUUACGAAUUUUAUCAGUGGUUCAUUAAUCAAGGUGUAAGCGAGAGGCUAAUAGAAAUCGACACUCCCUACAUUUUACCCUUUUUAGAAGAAAAAGCAGAAAACGACCUCGCAAUGAGUGAUAUUUUGUGGUUAUACCAUGCCAAAAGGGAAAACUAUUAUGCAUCUGCAAAUAUCCUAUAUUCACUUUCAAUCUCUGAAUUCAAGUUAGAUUUGAACAAGAGAAUCGAAUAUUUAUCUAGAGCUAAUGGAUUCUGCAAUUGUGUAUGUCCUCCAAACUUGAGACAGAAAAUGAUACAGUUGUCAUCAAUAAUUCAAGAAUUUUUAGAAGUAGCAAGUGUACAGCUUGAUAUAUUAUCUGCUAUCAAAGUUGACAAACGGAUCAGUAAAGACAAUAAAGAGAUAGCAGUAUCAUCCUUAAAUUUCAAAAUCUUAGGAAUAAGCGAACUUUUCAAUUCCUAUGCAGAUCCCUUGGGCUAUUAUGAUUUGUGUUUAGUCAUCUUCAAAACGGCUGAUUAUAAAAAUACCGAUGAUAUUUUGAAAAGAUGGGAGCUCUUUUUCGAGAGAUUAUUUCACGAGUUUUUGAUUCAUAAGUCGAGAGAUGAACCUUUCUACAUUAAAGUAAGUAACGCUCUUACAUCUAUUGGUGCAAAGUUAUCAUCGAACGAUCUAGUCUUCCCAGUCGACGAAUUAAUGGGUUUAGUAAGCAAAUACAUCCAAGAAGCUAUCGAAGAGGAUCCUAUCACUCAAGAGCCUCCCAAAGGUGCAAUUGUUGACAUGUUCAUUAAGUCUGGCGUUACUUAUGAUAAGUUAUAUUACGUUAUGAAGUCCUUAAUUGAACAAAAUACAUCUGAAGUAUAUCCAGGAUUCAAUCACAAUUUGAAAUCUAGCGAAAUGGUCUAUUUGAUUCAACGUUGGUACAAUUCUGAUAGCAAAUUGAGAGAACUUAUUCCGAGCGAAAAGAUCAGAAGAAUGCAAGAUUAUUCAGUUAAUGAUGAUCCGAUUAACCAAUUUGUUAAAGAUAAUGGUAUCUUGAUUUGA